AUGAAUAUGAAAGAAGAUCAAGAAAUAGAGCUUGAAUUAGAGGAGGAGUUGACGGACUGAGAAGACACACUGGAAAAUAGAGGGGAGACUGGUGAAGAAUAUUUUAUACAAGAAGAUUAUGAAGAUCUGAUACUGAGAUCAUUAAAAACUGAAGGAGAAUUGCUAGAUAAUAGCGAAAUUGUGCAAAUCCUCGAUAAAUUAAAUAAUGCGCCAAUCCUAUUGGUUGCCGCGAAAAGCUCUGACCAAAGAAUUAUCGAAGACCUUGACAAAAAUAUGAGCCUUGCAUCAGAAACCAACAAGUUAAAUGCCGAAAACGAUGACUUAGUCACAGUAUCAACCUUAAAUCAACAAACUUUACUUAUAAAAGACAAUGACGGGCAUCAAAAAGGUGAAUGCGCCUUAAGAAAAACCAAAAAAUUGAAUUCCAAGUUGGAGAUGAGAACUCUCCAAUGCAGAGUCGAUCAAAAAAACAAAAUUAAGAUUAGAGCAGAACAGGAGCUAUAG